AGUAUGACCUGACCAAGCUGUUUCAACACUAUCGUGAUGCGGGAGAGUUAGAUUUGUUUAUUCAACUGCUCUAGAGACAUAAUGAAACGAUAUGUGCAAAUAUGAUGUAACAAACUUGAUUCUUAAACCUAACACUUACAAAGUGUAUAUAUAAACCGUGUGUUGGUAGACUCUCCUAUCAACCCUUGAAGAUGAAGCUCUUCUUGGUUCUCGCCAUUGUGGCGCUGAGUUUUGCAAGGCCUCCACCGCCUCCUGAAGACGAUCUACCGCCUCCUCCACCUCCUCCAGAAGGAGAGUCUCCCCCUCCUCUUGAAGAUGAGUUUAGACCACCACCCCCACCUCGAGGAGAGAGAUUACCUCUCCCACCUCCACCUCGAGGAGAGAGAUUACCUCUCCCACCUCUUGGAGACGAACUACCGCCUCUUCCUCAAGAUGAAGAGUUUCCUGUUAUAGAAGAUGAGUUUAGACCACCACCUCCACCUCGGGGAGAGAGAUUACCUCUCCCACCUCCACCUCGAGGAGAGAGAUUACCUCUGCCACCUCUUAGAGACGAACUACCGCCUCCUCCUCAAGAUGAAGAGUUUCCUCUUAUAGAAGAUGAGUUUAGACCACCACCUCCACCUCGGGGAGAGAGAUUACCUCUCCCACCUCUUAGAGACGAACUACCCCCUCCUCCUGCUCCAGAAGGAGAGUUUAGACCAACACCCCUUGAUGAUGACCAGCCGCCACAAGAGGAUGAGGUCAGACCAGUCCGUCAGGUGGUACUCACCACUCCAAGAGCUCCACUGACCACACAGAAACUGUCAUCCCCAGCGCCAACAACAAAAACUUUUUUAACUACACCAAGACAAGUCUUAGCUACAACCACCGCAUAUCCAUAUUGGUUAUAUGCAUGCACUUAUUGACUAAAAUUAUAACAGAAAAAUAAAAAUAUAUCUAGUCAACAUUA